GCCCAGCGGCGCCCAGAGCGGCGAGCUGCUGGCUCCGCAUGCUCAGUAGCCGCGGCCAGCAGGGCUGCGGGGCGGCGUCGGCUGCGCGCCUACGGGCUGCGGUGGCGGCCGCCGCGGCACCCGGCAGGGCCAGCCAGUCCCCUCUUCCCCGCUCCAGAGCCGCCGCCUGGGACAGGGCAGGGCGGGCCCGGAGCUCCUCCAUGCUGCCAGCCGCGGGGCUGCGGAGCCGGCCGGGUGGCUCCUGCGAUGGCGGCGGAAGAGGAGGCUGCGGCGGGAGGUGAGGUUGCCUGCGGCGAGGCGGCGGCCCCAGGUAAAGUGUUGAGAGAGGAGAACCAGCACAUUGCUCCUGUGGUUUCCAGCCGCGUGAGUCCAAGGACAGGACCAACAGCUAUGGGGUCCUUCAGCUCACACAUGACAGAGUUUCCACGAAAACGCAAAGCAAGUGAUUCAGACCCAUCCCAGUCAGGAAUCAUGACAGAAAAAGUGGUGGAAAAGAUUUCUGAGAAUCCCCUUACCUAUCUUCUUUCAACGAGGAUAGAAAUAUCAGCCUCCAGUGGCAGCAGAGUGGAAGAUGGUGAACACCAAGUUAAAAUGAAGGCCUUCAGAUCCUGGCUCAGAGAGAGCACCCCUUCCUCUGCUGUACAUCCUGGAGUCAGGCGUCUCUAUCCAUCGCUGCUGUCCAUGCUGAUGGGGAAUACUGUUAGAAAGAAGAGAGAAGCUCAUAGCCAAACCGAAAAGCGGAGGAGAGAUAAAAUGAAUAACCUGAUUGAAGAACUGUCUGCAAUGAUCCCUCAGUGCAACCCCAUGGCGCGUAAACUGGACAAACUUACAGUUUUAAGAAUGGCUGUUCAGCACUUGAGAUCUUUAAAAGGCAUGACAAAUUCUUAUGUGGGAAAUAAUUGUAGACCAUCAUUUAUUCAGGAUAAUGAGCUCAGACAUUUAAUCCUUAAGACUGCAGAAGGCUUCUUAUUUGUGGUUGGAUGUGAAAGAGGAAAAAUUCUCUUCGUUUCUAAGUCAGUCUCCAAAAUACUUAAUUACGAUCAGGCUAGUUUGACUGGACAAAGCUUAUUUGACUUCUUGCAUCCAAAAGAUGUUGCCAAAGUAAAGGAACAACUUUCUUCUUUUGAUAUUUCACCAAGAGAAAAGCUAAUAGAUGCCAAAACUGGUUUGCAAGUUCACAGUAAUUUCCACACUGGAAGGACACAUGUUUAUUCUGGCUCAAGACGAUCUUUUUUCUGUCGGAUAAAGAGUUGUAAAAUCUCUGUCAAAGAAGAGCAUGAAUGCUUACCCAACCCAAAGAAGAAAGAGCAUAGAAAAUUCUAUACUAUCCACUGCACUGGUUACUUGAGAAGCUGGCCUCCAAAUAUUGUUGGAAUGGAAGAAGAAAGGAACAGUAAGAAAGACAACAGUAAUUUUACCUGCCUUGUGGCCAUUGGAAGAUUACAGCCAUAUAUUAUUCCACAGAACAGUGGAGAGAUUCAUGUGAAACCGACUGAAUUUAUAACCCGGUUUGCAAUGAAUGGAAAAUUUGUCUAUGUAGAUCAAAGGGCAACAGCAAUUUUAGGAUAUCUGCCUCAGGAACUUUUGGGAACUUCUUGUUAUGAAUAUUUUCAUCAAGAUGACCAUAGUAAUUUGACUGACAAGCACAAAGCAGUUCUACAGAGUAAGGAGAAAAUACUUACAGAUUCCUACAAAUUCAGAGCAAAAGAUGGCUCUUUCGUAACUUUAAAAAGCCAAUGGUUUAGUUUCACAAAUCCUUGGACGAAAGAACUGGAAUAUAUUGUAUCUGUCAACACUUUAGUUUUGGGACAUAGUGAGCCUGGAGAAGCAUCAUCUUUUCCUUGUAGCUCUCAAUCAUCAGAAGAAUCCUCUCGACAGUCUUGUAUGAGUGUACCUGGAAUGUCUGCUGGAACAGUACUUGGUGCUGGUAGUAUUGGAACAGAUAUUGCAAAUGAAAUUCUGGAUUUACAGAGGUUACAGUCUUCUUCAUACCUUGAUGAUUCGAGUCCAACAAAUUUAAUGAAAGAUACUAACACUGUGAACUGCAGGAGUAUGUCGAAUACGGAGUUGUUUCCACCAAGUCCUUCUGAAAUGGGGGAGCUAGAGGCCACCCGGCAAAACCAGAGUACUGUUGCCAUCCACAGCCAUGAGCCACUCCUCAGUGAUGGUGCACAGUUGGAUUUCGAUACCCUGUGUGACAAUGAUGACACAGCCAUGGCUGCAUUUAUGAAUUACUUAGAAGCAGAGGGGGGCCUGGGAGACCCUGGGGACUUCAGUGACAUCCAGUGGACCCUCUAGCCUUUGAUUUUUAACUCCAAAAAUGAGAAACAUUUUAAAGCAUUUUAUUUACUAAAAACUGUCUCAACUAUUCUUCAGUACUGUAUUGAUAUUGUUUGUAUCUUUUAUUAAUGUUCUACCAGUUUUUAUAGAUUUGCAUCUUAUUGUCACAGGGAUGUGGGGAAAUAUGUUUUCCUCCCAAGAGAACCAAGUUUAUUAUAGACUCCUUUAUUCAGUGAAAUGGCUUGAAAUCCACUAGUUGCUAUAUUUUUGCUAAAAUAUUUCUAACCAAGAAUACUACAUACCUAUUGUUUUGGCUUUGUUUUAUUUUUGAUGCAGUUUUUUUUAGUUGGGGUAAUGUAAUAUAUUGAUAUUU